AUGGCUUGUCGUGUCACAUAUGACGUUGUCACAGAUUGUGCAGCCUUCACGGCUGUCGGUGCCACAAACGACAUCGUCACCGAUUAUACAACCGUAGUGGUUGUCAGUGUCACAUACAACGUUGUCACAGAUUGUAUAACCUUCGCGGCUGUCAGUGCCACAAACGACAUCGUCACAGAUUGUACAACCGUAGUGGUUGUCAGUGUCACAUACAACGUUGUCACAGAUUAUACAACCUUCACGGUUGUCAGUGUCACAAACGACAUCGUCAUAGAAUGUACAACCUUCAUGGUUGUCAGUGUUACGCACAGCGUGGUUAUAGAUUGUACAACCUUCAUGGUUGUCAGUAUCACAAACGACGUUGUGACAGAUUGUACAACCAUAGUGGUUGUCUGUGUCACAUACAACGUUCUCACGGAUUCCACAACCUUCACGGCUGCCAGUGUCACAAACGACGUCGUCACAAAUGAAACAAAGUUCACGGUUGUCAGUAACACAUAUGACGUUGUCGCAGAUUAUACAACCUUCACGGUUGUCAGUUUCACAUAUGACGUUGUCGCAGAUUAUACAACCUUCACGGUUGUCAGUUUCACAUAUGACGUUGUCACAGAUUAUACAUCCUUCACGGUUGUCAGUGUCACAUAUGACGUUGUCACAGAUUAUACAUCCUUUACGGUUGUCAGUGUCACAUACGACGUUGUCACAGAUUAUACAUCCUUCACGGUUGUCAGUUUCACAUAUGACGUUGUCAUAGAUUGUGCAGCCUUCACGGCUGUCGGUGCCACAAACGACAUCGUCACCGAUUAUACAACCGUAGUGGUUGUCAGUGUCACAUACAACGUUGUCACAGAUUGUAUAACCUUCGCGGCUGUCAGUGCCACAAACGACAUCGUCACAGAUUGUACAACCGUAGUGGUUGUCAGUGUCACAUACAACGUUGUCACAGAUUAUACAACCUUCACGGUUGUCAGUGUCACAAACGACAUCGUCAUAGAAUGUACAACCUUCAUGGUUGUCAGUGUUACGUACAGCGUGGUUAUAGAUUGUACAACCUUCAUGGUUGUCAGUAUCACAAACGACGUUGUGACAGAUUGUACAACCAUAGUGGUUGUCUGUGUCACAUACAACGUUCUCACGGAUUCCACAACCUUCACGGCUGCCAGUGUCACAAACGACGUCGUCACAAAUGAAACAAAGUGCACGGUUGUCAGUGACACAUAUGACGUUGUCACAGAUUAUACAACCUUCACGGUUGUCAGUUUCACAUAUGACGUUGUCACAGAUUAUACAACCUUCACGGUUGUCAGUUUCACAUAUGACGUUGUCACAGAUUAUACAACCUUCACGGUUGUCAGUGUCACAUAUGACGUUGUCACAGAUUAUACAUCCUUCACGGUUGUCAGUGUCACAUACGACGUUGUCACAGAUUAUACAACCUUCACGGUUGUCAGUGUCACAUACGACGUUGUCACAGAUUAUACAUCCUUCACGGUUGUCAGUUUCACAUAUGACGUUGUCACAGAUUCUGCAACCUUCACGGCUGUCGGUGCCACAAACGACAUCGUCACAGAUUAUACAACCGUAGUGGUUGUCAGUGUCACAUACAACGUUGUCACAGAUUGUAUAACCUUCGCGGCUGUCAGUGCCACAAACGACAUCGUCACAGAUUGUACAACCGUAGUGGUUGUCAGUGUCACAUACAACGUUGUCACAGAUUAUACAACCUUCACGGUUGUCAGUGUCUACAAACGACAUCGUCAUAGAAUGUACAACCUUCAUGGUUGUCAGUGUUACGCACAGCGUGGUUAUAGAUUGUACAACCUUCAUGGUUGUCAGUAUCACAAAACGACGUUGUGA